AAAGAGAGGUUUGUGAAGUGUUAAGUAAUUAAUGGCAGCUUCAAGUAGCAUCAUCUCCAUCUCCUCUGCUUCACUCUUCACUCCAAAAAUCCAAUGCCUCCCCAAACACAACAAGGACCAUGAUCAUGUUCCAAUUCCAUCAUCAUCAUCCUUCACAACACAUGCUUCUCUCAAGAUAUCAAGACCAACAACAACGUUUGGAAUCACCACAACAACCACAAGGCUUAAUGUUCCUCCUCGUAGGUUGAGUUGUUCAGCAUCAGCUUCUUCCUCUUCCACUCUUCCCUCGGCUCUUCUAUUUGACUGUGAUGGAGUCCUUGUGGAUACUGAGAAAGAUGGCCAUCGCAUAUCUUUCAACCAAACCUUCCAAGAGAGAGAACUAGGUGUUACCUGGGAUGUGGACUUGUACGGGGAAUUGCUGAAAAUUGGAGGCGGAAAAGAAAGGAUGACAGCAUACUUUAACAAGGUGGGUUGGCCUGCGAAUGCCCCAACAGGUGAACAAGAAAGAAAAGAAUUCAUAGCUUCACUCCACAAACAAAAGACAGAACUAUUUAUGGCCCUUAUAGAGAAAAAACUGUUGCCUCUUCGUCCAGGUGUUGCAAAGAUUAUCGAUCAGGCUUUUGCUCAAGGAGUCCAAGUUGCAGUUUGCAGCACUUCCAACGAGAAGGCGGUCUCUGCAAUAGUAUCAUUCUUGCUGGGACCUGAGAGAGCAGAAAAAAUCAAGAUAUUUGCAGGAGACGUGGUUCCCCGUAAAAAGCCUGAUCCUGCCAUCUACCUAUUAGCAGCCAGCACUCUGAAUGUUGAACCUUCAAGAUGUGUUGUGGUGGAGGACAGUGCCAUAGGCUUAGCAGCUGCUAAAGCAGCUGGAAUGACGUGUAUAGUAACAAAGAGCGGCUAUACAGCAGAUGAAGAUUUCUUAAAUGCAGAUGCAGUCUUUGACUGCAUUGGUGAUCCUCCUGAGGAGAGAUUUGACUUGGCAUUCUGUGGAAGCCUUCUUGAGAAGCAAUACGUGAGCUAGCACAUUGUUAAGUGAUACUCAAAGAUUUUGUUUGAUUCAAGUCUCCUUCAAUAUUUCCUAUGAGUGCCCAAUUCGACUUAUGUGUUCAAGCCCACCCUUUCAAGUCAAUGAUGAAAAUAUCACCAUGGGUUCAAUAAAGAAUCUUCAUUUCUUGUUAAGCUUAAUUUCAUUUCAAGUACUUUUUUUUUUAUUAUUCGUAUAAAUAGAAUGAAUGAGGCUUAAAAUUUUAAAUUAAUUCUGGAAAUAUCAAAGCUUCAAUCUCUUGUAAACUAGGAGAAGUUGUUAGAUUCUGAGUUUCAUUAUCAGUUUGGUUUCACUCUACGAAAUGGGACUAAGAUUUGUUAUGGUUAAAAUACACUUUUAAUUUUA